UCCUGUAGAUCCAUUUCAAUCGCUUCCGAUUCUUGAUCCAGUAUUAUGGCUUCUCCUGGAGCUUAUAACGUUUUCCUAAGCUUUAGAGGCGAAGAUACUCGUCAUUCUUUUACUGAUCAUCUUUAUGAGGCAUUAAAGCGAGCAGGAAUUAGUACAUUUAGGGAUGACGAAGAAAUCAAAAGAGGCGAAGAACUACAGCAGGAGAUCGAGAGAGUUAUUAAAGAAUGUAGGGCUUCAGUAGUUGUAUUCUCAGAGAAGUAUGGUACUUCAACUUGGUGCCUCGAUGAGCUUGCAUUGAUCCUUCAACAAAGGAGGGAGUGCAAUCACUUCGUUCUACCUGUUUUUUAUCACGUCGAUCCUUCCGAUGUGAGGAAACAAAGUAACACUUUUUCUAUCGAAGUCAAAGCAUGUUCAAGGUGGACAGAUGACAACGUGAACCUGUGGAAGAAAGCUCUUACAGAGGUUGCGGAUUUGGCCGGCAUGGUUUUGUGUGGGUCUGAAGCAAAGUUUCUGAAGGAAAUUGUUGACAUCAUAUACAAUAAAUUGGAUCGAAAAGAAGUUAAUCUUCCACCCAAUAUAACAGGUAUUGCCACUCGAUAUGGGGAGAUCAGUUCAUGGUUAAACAAACCCAAUGUUGAAUUUUUAGCAAUUUGUGGCAUGGGUGGAAGUGGCAAGACAACUCUGGCCAAAUAUAUCUACAAUUCAAAUUGGAAAACUUAUGAAAACAUGAGUUUUAUUGAAGGCAUUAGCCACAUAUGUGAAGGGCCUGAUGGUUUGCGUAUGCUACAAGAACAACUUCUCAAAGGUAUUUUAGGAGGCAAGAAGAGGAAAAUACCUAGUGUUUUUGAAGGUACAUGGGAGAUUCAGGAGGCCUUACAAACAAAAAGGUCGCUUAUUGUUCUUGAUGACAUUGCUGAAGAUAGUCAGUUAGUUGCUUUACUUGGAACUGGGGAGAUUAAUGCACAAAGCAAGAUUAUCAUAACAACAACCAGGGAAAAUACAGAGAAUUGGUUUAAGUCCACAAAUUGGAGGUGUCAAGAUUAUAAAAUGACAUUAUUGAAUGAUGAUGAAUCGUUAGAGCUUUUAAGUCGCCAUGCCUUUGGUUCCAAAGCUCCUAAGGAAGGUUUCGAGGAGCUUGCAGUUCAAGCAGUAGAAUAUUGUGAAGGAAAUCCUUUGGCUCUUGAAGUAUUGGCUUCUUCUCUAUCCAAUAACAAUACCAUCUUACAUUGGAAAAGCCAAUUGAAAUUACUGGAAAAAGAUAUUCAUUCUAGAAUUCAGAAUGUUCUUAUGAUGAGCUACAAGUCAUUGUCAUUCGACUCAGAAAAAGAGUUGUUUUUGCAUAUCGCUUGUUUCUUUGUUGGCAAAGAUAUGGAUUACGUGGUAAAGAUAUUGGAGCAUGAUUACUCUGCAUUAUCUGGGAUCAAAAGCCUAUCCAACAGAUGCCUUCUUUUUGUUUCACCAAACAACAAACUCAUGAUGCAUCGAUUGCUCCAAGAGUUGGGGAAAAACAUAGUUCGUCAAGAAUCAAAAUUCCCUGCAAAACGUAGUAGAGUCUGGCUUAGUAGCGACUCUUAUAAGAUAUUGAUUCACGGAGAGGGUUCAGAAACUAUGGAAGGUUUAGCACUUGACAUGCAAAUGCUAGAGGAACAGAAGUUUGCCUUCAAGUCAUCAAACCUCAAGACAGAUGCACUUCAAAAGAUGGAUAAUCUAAAAUUGCUCCAACUAAACAUUGGGCCGCUCUCUGGUUCCUACGAGAAUUUUUCAAAAGACUUGAGAUGGCUAUGCUGGCUUGGGUCCCACUUAAGAACCAUACCCUCUGACUUAUUCAUGGGAAACUUGGUGGCUCUAGAUAUGAGCUAUAGCAGCUUGGAAGUAUUUGAACCACCCAUGGUUCUUCAGUCACUCCAGAUUCUGAAUCUUACAGGAUCACACAAUCUGAUUCAAAUCCGCAACAUGUCCAUGAUCCCUCAUCUGGAGACUUUUAUUCUUUGGAACUGUCAGAAUCUGGUUAGUGUUUGUGAAAGCAUUGGAGACCUGAAAAGUCUUGUACUACUGAACAUGACAGGGUGUAAAAACCUGUGCAUGAGUGAGAAAACAGAUCAGUUACUAGGUCUAGAAGCUUCUACCUCUGGUGGAGAAGUUGCAGAACAGCCUAAUUUUUUCUUCCCACGUUCGUUACACCGGUUAUUCCUCAAGGACUGCAAUCUUGACUGUACUGAUUCUUUUCCUCUGAGUUUUAGUGAUCAACCAUCUUUGCAGUACUUGAAUUUAGGCAAUAGUUUAUUUGAGUUUCUGCCUUGUUAUGAUCAUCUUAAAAAUCUUCGGGUCCUUGACUUGAGUUUAUGCUCAAGGCUUAAACGGCUUCUGUGUCUCCCAAGUACACUUGCAGAAUUGUAUAUUUACUAUUGUACAUCACUGGAGGAAAUAAGUUUCCAAUCACAUCGAUUCACGUUGCAAGAGUUUGGCUAUGAAGGCUGUAUUAGUUUAUGUGAAAUUGAAGGCUUUAUCAAAUUGGUGCCUGUAGCCAAACUUGGAGAAAUUGAUUUGGGACAUAUGAAGUGGCUAAAAGAAUAUCAAAAUCAUGAGGUGAACCUGAUUGGUGAUGAUGAGCUCACCAAAGGCAGAAGUUCGUGUGUCCAGAUGCUGUAUGAAUUCAAUAUAAUGAGCACAUCUCUGCCAGACAUGAAGUAUCCAAACAUUAAGCCUACAUAUGUAUCUGAGUUAUCAUCUUUCUCCUUUGAGGUGCCUCCGCCUCCCAAGAAUAGAAGUCUCAAAGGACUUGAUGUGACUUUCAAAUAUACAAUAUCAAGUGAUGAUGAUUGGGUAUGGUUCUGUAAGAUCAGUACAACCAAUGGUGUUGAUUUGAUGUACAACCCCAAAGUCUUUGGCAAACCUGAAUCUGGUGAAGUUGGUAUAUGGUUGAGCUAUUGGCCAAUUGGAAAUACAUUGGACACUGGAGAUAAUGUCAACGUUUCUAUCAUUGUGAUCAGUGGGCUGGAGGUACAUAAAUGUGGUGUGAGCCUUAUUUAUACUGAUGAUAAAGUAACCGAGGAAACCUUGGAAGAGAACAUGGAAUGGAUAGAAGUUGUUGGAGGAGAUUUGUCUGGAUUUCAACUAAGCACACGAGCUUACUAUCUUUGUCGACGUGAUUUCUUUGAGUUAAUGGAGGUUGGUAGACUGACUCCUGAUUGGUUUAAUACCUUAGUUGGUGAUACCAUCGAAUGUACAGAGGUACGAGGAUGGAGAAAGACAGGUCGACCUAUGCAGUUGAAUCCAUCAUUUUCUGAGUUAAAGUUUGUUAGAUGCAUCAUCCAUGGUCCUGAAUCGGAGGACAUUUACAAGAUUGCAGAGAUGUCAAAAUCAUCUUCUGUAGAUAAAACAUUGGAGUUCACAUCAAGCUUGCUUGGGGAGACGAUGAAAUCUUCCACAUCGUUUAAAUUUAGUGAAACAACGAUAAAGGAAUUAAAUGAGAUUCAGGAGUCUACUUCAAGCCCACCUCGUAAGAAGUUGAAAUCACUGACUACACAUGGUGUUACUGGUGGAAUGGAGGUGCAAGAUGGGGUGCAGCUUCCAUCUCAACAGAUCUUUGGUACAUUACCAAGAUCUCCGUCUGAUGCGCAUAGUACAACAUCCCUGCAGCUUCGUUUCCAGACCAAGCUGCUUCCUACAUUUUUCACUGGAAAUAGGAUAGAAUCUGAGGACAAGAGUGGUAUAAAAGUAGGCUUAUUUGAUGCUACUUCUAAUGAGAUUGUGUCAUCUGGACCCUUAUCUUCACAGAAGAUAGAGCUUGUUGCUCUUGAUGGUGAUUUUACUUUUGAUGACAAUGAAGAUUGGUCUCAGAGUUAUUUUGAUGCCAAAGUUAUAUAUUCAAGAGAUGGCAACAGGCCAUUGCUGAAAGGUGAUCUGGUGGUGACUUUGAAAGAUGGAGUUGCUGUUUUAGGUAAUGUAUAUUUUACUCAUUAUUCAAGCUGGAGUAAGAAAUGGGUGUAUAGGUUAGGGGCAAAAAUCCAAAAUAAAACUGCUGGAUUCAGAAUUAGAGAAGCAAGAAGCCAAGCGUUCAUUGUAAAAGACAAGCGAGGAGAUUUAUAUACCAAGAACUAUCCUCCAGGAUUGGGUGAUGAGAUUUGGCGUUUGGAACAGAUAGCAAAAAAUGGGGUUUUGCAUAAAGCAUUGUCAUCACACAAAAUAUAUACCGUGAAAGACUUUCUACGAUUGUAUAAUACUAAUGAGUCCUUACUUUGUAGGCUACUUGGUGGGCCGGAUAACAAGAAUUCGAAGAAGAUUAUCAAGCAUGCAAAGACAUGUGUUUUAGAUGAAAAGCUUUACAUAUACAACAGUAAUACAGAUGGGUUUGGGAUUUUGUUCAAUUCUGUUAUGGAAGUUGUGGGGGCAACCGUUGAUGGAAAAUAUCAUCUCUCCAUGAAUGAGCUUUCUGAUUCCCAGAAGUCUAUGGUGGAAGCUUUAAAGGAACAAGUUUACAAAAAUUUGGAGGGGGUGUUACCGAUAGAUGAUGUAUCAAUGGUCGCAGCUCGAGUCCUAGAAACUAACCUUCAUGGUGAUCCUCUUAGAACUGCUAGUUUAGAUCAACUGCAAAUAACGGCAGAGAUGGAUCCCUUUUCUAAUCUCUCUGGUUGGGGUGAAGAAGUAUAGGGGUAAGUUUCUUCUAUCAGCUGCCCUACUUCUGAUUUUGAUGUUUGAAGUGUUUCAUAUGAUGAAGAUUUGUGUGAAAUUCUCAUAGAUUUUUAUGUUUAAAUUGUUUUGUACGAAAAGAUUUGUUGAAAUUCUCAUAGAUUUGGUUGUGUAAUAAACAUUUUAGUUCUUCUGUGUGA